AUGACUGAAAACAAGGAUGGAGCAUUUUCUGGCAAUUUUGAGAAAGAAAUUACAACAAUUCGUAGACUUAUAAAACAUGAACGAUUCACUCAAGCAGCUCAGCAAGCGUCCAGACUUUUAUUCCUCGAUCCAACACAGAAAAAAGCAUUCUAUUAUCGCGCUAUUGCUUAUGCAAACAUGUGUGAUAUCCAUUCUGCAUUACUAGAUAUGCAGCGUGUCAUGGAACUUGAUCCUCUUAACUCUAAAGCUGCUGCUUGGUGCGCAUCAUUAAAUUUCAACGAAGGCCUUUUAUUACAAGAAAAGAAACAAUAUACAGGUGCUCUUAAGCACUUUAAUCGCGCUUCACAAUACGAUAGACAUAAUAUUAAUUCAAGAUUAUUCGCUGCACUGUCACAUAUUGCAUUAGGACAAUAUCCUGAUGCGGUUUCAGGUCUUUUAGAAGCCAAGAAAACCAUGAAUCAUCCUUACAUCGAUGCUUUACUUUCAAAUACUUCUCUUCAUUUUGAUAAAUUAGCUGAAGCAUAUGCCCAAGCUAACGAUGCUCUUGCUCAAGAUCCAGACAAUCCAAUUGCAAAGAAUGUUCUCGAUCAAAUUAAAGUUUUUGUCGAUAAAAAAACCUCUACAAUCGAUGAGAUGCUUAUGAGUGACAGAAGAGAAGCCGCUCUUGUCGAAAUCAACUCCUUACUCGAGAUCAGACCAGAUCUCAUCCCAAUGCGUGUCCAUAAAGCCAUGAUUAUGCGAAGUGCCGGAAAUCUCGCCGAAGCUGAACGAGAACUCAUCUCAAUUCUCGACCAAACACCCAAUGUCGAAGCCCAGCGUCAACUCGCCUUGACGUACAACGAUAUGGGCAUUGGAACAUUCAUGAACGGAUAUCCACAAGAAGCAAUUGUUUGGUUUGACGCCGCGAUGAGAGAAUCUCCUGAUGAUCCGAAUUUCUUCAUCAACAAAGGCGACUGCUACCGUGCAACAGAAGAUUUCGAGAGUGCUCUUGCCAACUACCAUAGAGCAGCUGAAUGCGGAGCUUCUGGCGAAGGAUUACAGCAGCGUUUGGCAAUUACACAUUACUCAAUUGCCAGAGAAAAUCUUAAGAAAGAUAAAACAACAGCUGCUUUGUUUGAGUUGAAUCAGUCGAUCAAAGAAUGCGGUGAUUUCGCGGAUAUAUAUGUUGUUAGAGCCAAAGUCAAAGUAUCUUUGGGACAAUACGAAGAAGCUUUGGAAGAUUUGAUGACUGCUUUAGAGAAGGAUCCGAAAAAUGAAGAAGCAAGAAGAUUAUUAAAUAUCCAACAGGAAGAAAUUAAAAAGAAGAAACCAAAGACAAAGCCAAAGUAUAAGGUACCCGAAGUACAAUUGUUCAGCAUUGAAGAUUUGAGAAGUAAGCCUUUCGAUUACUUGAAUGGAACAAAGAAACUCCCAAGAAAGAAAUAA